UCAUGUCUUAUUACAAAACCAAAAAAACUUUACAUUCUCGAAUGUGAUGAGAUGAUCACAUUCCCAAUUCCUAAUCUUUAUUCCUUGAGGAGAAAUUUUUUACAAAGUCUAAUUCUUUUUUGUUGCUUUGUUGAUUUGAUUAAUAUUAAAACUUAAAAUUUGCUAAUCCUUGUGCAUCUCUGAAGAAAACUUGUAUAAACCUCUGUGUUAUCUGUUUCUUGUCCCUGAUCAUGUUUCAUUUUCAUCGGGUCUUCUUGUUUUCUCUUUCUUGAUGUCUUGCUGAUGAGAAGCUAAUGAUACUACGUUGUUUAUCUAUUUUGACUUGGAAAUUAAGUUCCUGCUUACUUUAAGUCUUUAUGUCUUGUUGACUGAUUCAUAUUUGUUUCAAUGGGUUGAUGCUGUUUUUGGUAUUUGGUUUUCUUGCCUUUAAAAGAUCUUAAUUGGUGGAACCGGUCGGUGGGUGAAUGCUCUUAACUCAGCAUCAAUGGCAGCACUGGUUGGCCCAAGAUUAUACAGUUGCUGUAAUUGUAGAAACCAUGUUGCCCUUCACGAUGACGUCAUUUCCAAGGCUUUUCAGGGAAGACAUGGUCGAGCAUUUCUGUUCUCUCAUGCAAUGAACAUGACAGUGGGUCCGAAGGAGGACAGGCAACUAAUGACUGGCCUCCACACAGUUGCUGAUGUCUAUUGCAGUGAUUGCCACGAGGUGCUUGGUUGGAAGUAUGAACGAGCUUAUGAGGAAACACAAAAGUACAAAGAAGGGAAGUUCAUUCUUGAAAAAUCAAAAAUUGUCAAGGAAAACUGGUAGCACUUGUGCAGAAAUCUGUUUCUUUUUUUCUCUCAUUGUGUUGGUGUAAGUUUAUAGAUACUGCUAUGUGUUCACCUUGUCCAGGAAAAUCUCAUCAAUUGCAAAUAUUCUCUUGUUUAUUUUUCUUCA